AAGUCUGCCGCUCUGAUUCUUGAUGGGCAGCCGAAAGGCAAGUCACGGGGGAAUCCGAAGCUUUAACCCCGCCUCGACGAGCUGCUCCAUCGCUGCUUUCGGGCAGGGGCGUGGAGGAAAGAGAAACGUCCCCUUAGCUGGUUUGUGAAGAAGCUUGAAAGGACGAUGAGCGCCGAAUCGCUGACUUUGGAUUGCCUCACCCACCUCUUCUCGUACUUGGAAGUACCGGAUUUGCUCAGGUCGGCUCAAGUGAAUAAGGCAUGGAACGAAGCAGCAGGGACCACCUUUCUCUGGAGAAAUAUGUGUCUAAAAAGGUGGGCUUUCUGCAAUAUCUCUGUGAUCCCAGGAAUGCAGACUUGGAAAAAGUACUACCUCCAUCGCUCAAAUCUUGAGUCUAAGAUGACAUCAGGACAGCCUUCUGUUGAUUAUACAUGUAAAGCUCUGAGAGGACACAAUGGAGUGAUACAUGAUAUGGCUUAUCUAUCAGAGAACGAGCAUACGUUUGCAACAGGAAAAGUAAAUUCCACUGUAUGUACUGCAUCUUCUGAUGGCACAGUCAGGGCAUGGAGUGUCCAAGAGGGUACACAGAUUUGGUCAAGUCCCCAACAGGAAGUUCCACUAGCAAAUAUUAUCACAUUUCCUGCAUUUAACCUGGCAGCUACAGUAGACAGGCAGGGGAGAAUCAAACUCUGGCAUGGGACUACAGGGGAAGAGCUUUCAACUUUUUCAGUGUUAUCCUCUUCAUGCUCUAUGGUGGCCUACACAGUAAAGAAUAACCCAUUCUUAACGGUGGGCACUGGAGAAGGCAUACUUUAUACCUUGGCAGCGACUGAUCUAAGCCAAAUUUUAUACAAAAAAGUGUUUCAGAACUGUGGUUUGGAGUUGUCUUUGUGUUCACCAGAUGGGCAAUGGAUAGUUGUUUGUCCUAGUGAUACCACUCUUUCACCAAAGGUAUUUUACACAUAUUGUGCAAGUCACCCAGGAGAUGAUGAAUUGAUGCUAUCUAGUCCUUUACCUAUCACAAAUCAUUGUCAUGUGAUGUGCUGGUUACCAGCAGAAUCAGCAAGAAUUGCCAUUGUGCACAAAAAUGAGAUGAUAUUUCACAUUGUUAGCUUUGAUAUAGUAAUUGAGAAGUCUAAAUAUAAAAAGAAUGUUACAGCUCAACAGGUUGCAAACUUCACACUGCCAGCCCAACAGCAGAUGACAAGUAUGAAAGGAUUUGGCAAACAAACUCUCCUUAUAACAGCUGGACCAGAACUGACAGUAUACUCUCUGAGUGGGACUGUACUGAUGACUUUCAAGGAUCAUCAUGAGAUUAUUACAUCUAUUUGGGAUCCUUUUCAUGUUGUGACAUCCUCCAUGGACCUUUCACUCCGUGUAUACUCCUGGAAAAAUGACAACAAAUCCUCUUUGUUGACCGGUUGCUAUCAUUUAUUGGGAGGAUCUCACAGAUGGUCAAGUGGCUUCAAAUCUGUGGCAUGUGACGAUGUCAGCAUUGUUGGAAUAGUGGCAGGAGCUGAUGGCAAAGACGUCUUAAGAGCAUAUUCCUUUCAUCUGUAAGACUUCCAUGCACUUGUUUCUCUACUAAACCAUACCCACCAAGCUGGCCAACUCAAGCGAUAAUAUAAGCGUGAUUGAAACCCCAGGUACAAAUAAAUGACUGAAGUGAUCAAUUAUUCUUCCUUUCCAAUAACCAAUUUGACUAGAUUCCACAUCUUAACCUGAAAAAGACCAAGAGCUUUGUUUGGCUUUAUUAAAUAUUUAAUUAAUAAAUUAUAAAUGCAUCUAUAUGUCUGUGUACGUGUGUGUGUGUGUGUACACAUAUACUUGCUUUGCUUUUUUUCCAUUAAAGGCCACUUUAAAAAAAUGUAAGAAUAUACAGCAUAAAUUAUAUUAACCAAAUUUUCCUGCAUUGUGAAAAAGAAAAAAACAACUCCGUAAGCUAAAUUUAGUCAAUGGAAAUAAGCAGGUAACUUGUUCACUGUGCGCCCUAUCUGCACAGCAAUUGUAUGUGUAUUUCAAACACAACACAAUGGGGAUGACCAAAGAUUAGGAACUAGAGGUAGAUGUUCAGUGCUCUUUAACAAGAAAUCCUAAUUUAAUGAUUGCAUAAAUUGAACAAGGUAAGACCACCCUGAAAACAGCUUUUGGAAUGUUUUCCAACUCUUUACCACCGGUGGCCUUAGGAAGCAUCUAUAUUUUCUUCUGUGUAGCAA